GGACAGCUGCCUCUCUUGAGGAGGGGAGAAGACGUCAGGGGACUCCUAGGAAAGGGUGGCUCUGUGGGUCGACAUGCAGGAGAGCUACGAAACGGUGAUCUCGCUGGCGGAAGAAAUUGCCAUCAGUUGGCCCCGCAUAACUGCCUUCACGGAGACCAGAGGGCGGCGAGGCCUGGCUCCUGGGCUAGAAAUGGAGCCAGAGCAAGGGCAGCUGGCACCUGUGCAGGGCCAGGCAGCCGCCGCCACUACCGCCGGCUCCAGCGAAGACGGGAUCCUGCCAGACUUCCGGAGGCAGCUGGGGGUGAUCCUGCAGACGGUGGGCAAGGCUCAGGUGGAGAAGAUGCUGAGAGAGCUGGUGAAGGAGCAGGAGCAGCAGGGCCGAGUCAGGCGGCGGAAGAGAGUGGCUAGAAGCCCCCGGCAUGGAGGCGAUGGCAGGCAGAACAGUUUGGAGGCCCCGCGGGAGCUUCAUGGUGGACUGUUUGAAGGAUCUACAGUUCUGGCCAGGAAGCCGCCUGAGAGUGAGCUGCAGAUGCCCUUUUUAUACCCAGGGCAGCUGGUGGGGCAAAAGCAACCGAUUGCAGGAAAGACCGGUCACGGAGAUGCCAAAGAGUACAAGAACAGCCUUUCUCACCAGCAGAGCUCUUUGGGGGUGAGGUGGGGGGCAGGCUCCGAGCCGCGGGAGAGCCUCAGCCGCAGUCUGUUCAGCAACGUGAGUCGGGACACCAUUGACGGCGGGAGAGUUUGGCCACCGUUUGGGGAAAGAGCCCAGUUCUUGUCCGGGUGGCAGAAACCACGCUACGCCCAGAGACGCCGGCGCCCGCCUGCAGGAGAGAAACCCCACCGCUGUGGCCCGUGCAGGAGAUCCACUAUAGCUCCACCCGAUUCGCUGCUAAACUCUGCCCUGCACCUUUCGCCAGACCCUGCCUCACCGUCUUCAAUGGUCCUGUCACUAAACUCCACAGAGCCGCUAACCCCCGGCCAGCCCUCGCCCGCGAACUCCGCUGCGGCCCCACAUCGAAAACCCCACGCCUGCGAGGAGUGCGGGAAGCGAUUCCGGAUCCUCGCCAACUUGGAAAGGCACCAGCAGCGCCACGCGGCAGAAAAGCCUCACCAGUGCCGUGACUGUGGGCGGCGCUUCCGCUGGGGCUGCCACCUCGAGCGGCACCGUCGCUCGCGGCGCUGUGUAGAGUGCGGCGGGGGCCUGGCGACGCCUCCUCCGCCUCCGUCCCCACCCCCAGAACCUGACCGUCCCUACUCCUGCGGGGAAUGCGGGAGGCGGUUCACACAGCGCUCGGCCCUCAGCAAGCACCGGCGGCUGCAUUCUGGGGAGCGCCCCUAUGGCUGCGGGGAGUGCGGGAAGCGCUUCCUGCAGCGCUCGGAUCUCACCAUCCACGUGCGCUCCCACUCCGGGGAGCAGCCCUACGUUUGCACGGAGUGCGGCCGCCGCUUCAGCGUCAGCUCCAACCUCAGCAAGCACCGGCGCAUGCACCGUGGCGAGCGCCCCCACGCUUGCUCCGUGUGCGCCAAGCGCUUCCUGCAGCGCUCCGAGCUCCUCAUCCACCAGCGGGCUCACACUGGGGAGCGCCCCUAUCCCUGCACGGCCUGCGGGAAGCGCUUUGCUCGCCGCGCUCAUCUGAAACGCCACCAGCGCACCCAUGGUGGGGUGCCUGCUGCGGCCACUGCCUCUCGACACCAGAGUGCCCAACCGCUCACCCCCUCGGCCACGGACGCCACGUCCCUUCUUGAACAUCAGCAGCACGAACGUGGGGGGGUGCCGGAUGCUCUCGAAUCCCGGCCCCAGACCGACACCCCUCCCACUGCCGGGCCCACGGUCUUCUCAGCAGCCCGAGGCGCCACGGGCACUGCCUCGUUGGGCCUGCCCUGGGCGGUGCCCUCCUCUGCCCGCCUCCCUUUCUGCUCCAGCCCUCUCUGA